GCUUCAGUGAGACUUCAGCUCCUGCACCAUGCAGGGCGACUUCGUCUUGCUGCCGGAGGCGCCGCCUUCGCGGCCGCCGGCGCGGUUUUGCGCUGCAGGCGGCGCCGCGCUCGCCGCCUGCGCCCUGGGCCUCGGCUUGGUGGGCCUGGCAAGCUGCGGCCGGCCGUACCUGGGCGGAAGCGCGCCGCCGGCGCCGGUGCUGGAAGAGGUGGCCGUGGCAGAGCUCGACUCAUGGGAGCCCGUGCGGGAGGGUUGGGAGUUGGCCAAUUCUGUGGGACUUCCUUUCCGCGUGUGUGGCUUUUUCAGCUUUGCCGUGGAAAUGGUGUGCAAGGCUGGCACGGUGGGCCUCACCGCUCUUUUGGGGCCCGGCGAAAGCGAUUCCGCCGGGCCUCCGGGGCCAAGCGACGCGGCAGUGAUGAAGAAGCUGCAGAAGUUGGCCGAGCAGAUGCGACGCAUCAAUACGUUGGUUGAAUCCAUAGAGAGGAACGUUGAGACUUUGCUGGUGGACUUCCACUUUCAUAUGGAUGACAUGAAAAGCAUCGUGGCCCACUUCCAAGAGCUCCAAACGCUGCUCGUUGCGUAUGCCCUGAGCCAAAGUCAGGAGGACUUGAGAUUGAUCCAGGACUAUGCGUACCAUGCAGAUCUGGAGUUUGCGCAUGCCACCUACAGUUUUUUGGAGCCUUGGAGCGUUCAAAAGCUGUUGGAAGAGGUGCUGCGCCAAUCUGAAGCCAGCAUGCCGCAUGCCAAGUUCUCCUCGGGCAUCGAAGCAGCGUCGGCCCUCAACUGGAUCUCGUUGGCACGGGUCAGCUUACUGAACCUCAUGGUGGCCAGUCGAAUCAACGUGACGUCAAGGGAGGUGGCGUUUGCAGAUGCAGGGGUGGAGCAGCUUUUCCAAGAGGCGCAAGGACAAUUGGAAGAGUACCAGCAGAUUGCGCGGAGGCUGGGCAUUGGUCGCAGCGUGCGUUGGGGAUUGAGCAAUUUGAAGGCACUGGCGCCCAGGUGCAAAGCCGCCAACACUGUUUGGCAUCGAGAGCGGGCCCAGAUAGCCGGCAGUGCCACAGAAGCUUUCCUGCAGACAGAGUGCUGCGGCCUGCAGAAGGCCCACAUGGUGUGGACCCCAGUUCUUGGCUCAGAGAGGCAGUUGCGGCGAUGUUCCUGCAAGCCGACCGCACCUGACCCGGUCACAGCUGUGAACCACUGUUUACGAGCUCUGUCCCCUCAGGAAGGGAUCGGCGGCAUGAUUGUUCGAGACAACCCUGGAGAAGUGAAAAGUAGCCAUCCGCAGAUCCUCUCUUUUCGCUUAGACAAAUAUCGCUAUCAUGCAAUACGUGUGGUACACUUAGCUCCUGAAGGUCAGAGUAGCUCUAAGACAGGCAGUUGUGCCGACAAGGACAUUGAGUGUGAGUUCAUUCCGCGCAAGGUCAGAGCUGAGGCGGAUGGCGGCCUCUCCUUCGAGCUGCUUGUCAACAGCGACAAGCACCCAGGGCGGCGAUGCCUGCAGUACUUUUUUUUGUAUCAUCACCUGCACGGUCUUCGCACGUACCUUACAAGUUGCGCCAGGCUGACCUUACGUGACGGCCGCCUGUUCAUUGCCCAUUUUUUGAGCUAUCACCACAGGCAGCACGAGCUGCGGCUGGACGAAGGCAGGGCCGCGAAGGCCAGGCCCGGAGACCCUCAGAGCUACUUCCGCUGGGUGUCCCAUCUGGAGCCUCGCGGGGGCUGAAGCCGACAGCACCGAGGCGGCGGAAGCGC